UAGUCUCUCAAUCGACACUGGUGGUAGGGACACUCACGGAUACCUGCAUUAGUUGGAUUAUGACAAGUUUCGAUAGAUGAGCGAGAUUUAUAAAAAGUAUCACAUUUUGAAUGGGAGAACAUUAAUAGGACCAAAUUAACUGACAAACGAACUAAAGAAGGCCGUAAGCGUAAACCCCGCACUUGACUUUAGGAAAACACUGGAUCGGCUCACGGGUUUUGGGCAGAUCUCUCGGAAGAUCUCCAGGGGGCAACGAGUCCUUUUCAAUCUAUGUUUGCAUUCAAGCAUUUAGCCAAUCGCUAGCUUAUCGACAAGACAGCCCUAACCUGUACAUCUAAGACCAACCAGCACGGCACUCGACCAAAACUGUCAAAAUGAUAAUGGCGAUCAUACACGGGAAAUAUCUGAAUUAUAUUUAUCGAUAGAAGGUGUAACAACACGAUGACCGAAGCCAUUGUUGAAGUGAAGUAGUGUGGAAACACAAGCGAGAUAUUGUCAGUGUAUUCAAGGACACAUACGAUUUUGAUGGAUAAGUGUUCACUCAAUUAUAACUAAUUUUUAAAUUCCUUCUCAUAAUAGGCACACAUCUACCAGGUACUUCACAGUUAGCGUUAAUUUUGCCACAUGUUGAAUUCUCCUUUACACUAUGUGAUUAGACGCUUACGUGGUUAUUGAAAAGGAAAGGUGAUUAUCUUACCAAUAUUUCUUUAAUUUUGAAAGUGUAUAUAUUGACAAAAGAACAUUUGUUUAGGUAUUUGUACAAACUUUCUUUGGCAAAAGAUAAUUAUUUUGACAAUGGGUUCGGACAAAGAGAACUCGGAGGUUAGAAACAGUAAUUUGAAUAAACCCAAGAACAACAAACGCAUAUCGAGUGGUAAAAAAAGGAGAGCGAGGGACAGUAAUCAUGUUGUUAGGCCGGUAACAUUACAGGAACACCAGUCGAGAAAACAGAAGAUAUCGACAGAGAAAACCGGACCGGUUCGUAAUGUGACCACUCUAGAAGGUUCUUCAGAUUCAGAAAGUACAAACAGGGAGGCUGUAACCGGUGAACGUGAAACAACGAACGCAGGUUCAUUAACAGAGAAUUCAAAAAAGUUGGAAAUUCAUGUUGAUUUGAGGCUAGAUCUCUGCCAGGAGACAAACGCUUCGGUUGAAGAAGCCGAAGAAAUAGUCGCAAGUGCAAAUGAAAGAGACGCAGUGACAUGUGAUAACAGAAGAGACACAAAAAACCCAAAUCGUUGUCAAACAAAGUCGAUUGCUCGCAAGGAUUCCUCAUUAGAUGUGAUAAAUGAGGAAAAGGAAACAAAUACCUGUCAAAAUGUUAUUAUCAGGAACGAAACUCUCAAACGGGAAAUAACCUUUGACGAGCUAGUGUUAGAUGAUAGCGAGAUAUUGAGGACGAGUACUCCCACGGGUGAUUCUUCUGUACGCUCUCGCGUAAGACCAAAAACUUGUUCAUCAGUUGCAAAACGGAAAGGCUCAUUUGGAGCAUUUGGAAGACCUAAAUCGUCUUUCACUCCAAGGACAGUAAAAUAUUCUGAAACAUGUAGUCCAGCUUCGUGCUGUCAGUUUAGUGAUUUUGUCAAUCGUCCAGCCACUUCACGCUCAUAUCGUCCGUCAACGGGAAAUACAAACAUGUCAAAUUCCCCAAGAAGAAAUAUGGAAACUAGGAGAUCAUUCAAGAUAACAAAAGAAGAUCUGGAACAUUCUCUUCCGAAAACGAGUUUCUUUAAUUGCCACGAUAAGGUCCUAAAGGAUGCAGGAAUCGAGGUUGAGGAGGUUUCACCUCUUGGUGCAAAAAAGCGACAGUUCAUGCAGCUAUUACAGCAAAGAAAUAAAGACAGAAUAGAAAAGGAUAAGGCAAGAAAAAUACCUCCACCGAAAGUGUUGGGCAUGCUGGAACUGUACGAACUGGAAUGUAGCCAAGAUGACUCAAAUACUUCAUCUUUAGUUAGCUUUGAAGAUCAACAAUCGAACAACAAAAGCAAGAAAAAUGCUAAAUCCAGGAAAAAGGGUGAUCUUGACGAGGAAGAAAUACGUGUUGAUUAUCAACUGCUGCUGAUAUACCUUAGGUAUGUGAAAGCCAACCCAGCGGAAUUCCUUCAGUAUCACAAGAAACACGCGGCGUCAGUAAACCUUGUAAACGUCAGACAAGGAGAUUCACUCGUGAAAUUAGGAGGUAUAUUCCAGCGUGGUCGACAUGGAGUUUCCACAGAGAACAUUCUUGUGAAAGCCGUGCAUGAAAUUAGGCCACGAUUCACGGAUCCAGGGCAGUGGGCUAGUGCAAAUAAGGAGAAAGAGCUGCUAGCUCUAACGUCCACGAAAAAGGAAAAUGCCAUUCCUCCAAAAACGGAACAAACCAAAAAGGAAACAGCGAGUAACCAGGAAGAACCAAAAACAGAAUAUGAAAGGAUUAAAAUCAAACUUGAUGGAUGGCUAAAAACAGUGACAACAGCACAACUAAAUAAAGCGAAGGAGCUGGCCCUUCGGGAGUUAGGGCAGGAGGACAUAUCACUCUCUAGAUGGUGGGUCUCGCUGAAAUCAUGUAACUAUAUAAGACAGAGAGGUCACAAAGUUUAGGCUAUUGAGAAAAAAUACCUCACAGAAUUAUAAAUUAUAAUGGAAUAGCAUUAUUAAGCACCUUAUAUUUGAUGACGUACGGGAGAUUGUAACGCAAGUAGUUAGAUUUUGUGUUGAUGAUUAAACUAUACAUACUGUAAAAAUUGGAUCUUUUCGUGAUGUGGGAAUGUUUGCGUUAUGACUCUUUAAACAAAUCAGGGAUUAAACAUUUUCUUCUGAACUGAUUGUUUAGAAAUCUGUAUAUCCUAUAUAUCUUUAAUCUAAAUAAUAUAUUAAUUUAUAUUUGCAUUUGGAUAUUUUCGCGAAAAUUACUGAACGUGAAAAACGCUUACAUUUCCACACCGCAAACAUUUCUAUUUUUUAUAGUAGUAUGACAUAUAUAUAUAAAGUUAAUUUGAAAAUUUUGGUAAAUAUGCUAUUUACAUCAUGUUUCUUGCUCCACACUUAUCGUAAAUGUCCAUAUUUUUUAUACCUCAAAACAGGGGUAUUGCACAGUUCAUUACCCUGUAACACGCACGAUUAACUAUUCCAUUACGAUAAAGUAAAGGUUCAUGUACUUCACAAUUCAUAGACACAUUAUGUAAAUGUACUUCAUUCCAAUCUCGGCACAUGUUAUCCUUAUGUUUUUGCAUUGUCCCAAUUCAUAUAUUUAAAAACAUAAUUGUAUUUUUGUGUUAGGGAGGAUUAUACAAAUGAUUAUGCAAUUCAUGCAUAUAGUCGGGCCUUAAUGCUUUCGUAACAGGGAAGAACCGUGAACAUUUUUAUUUCCUCACUUAGUGAUUAUGAUAACGUGCCAAAUUAACUUGACAGCUAUAUAUCCUGUCACACCUGAUUUGAUAUAGAAAUUGCCAGUGCUUGUCUAUUUCCAUAUCUGGCUUCCCCAAUUAUAAACUUCUAUACGCCUUUGAUUGAAUUAGGUAGAUACAAUUUACGUGUAUUCUGUGUACAGGUACAUACUGUCGUUGCUAACCGUUCUUCUCCGCUUAACAUGUAGUCUGUGAUAAAUUGUCUUGUAAAGACAUACAUGUAUGUGAUACAGUAUGUCUUACAUUUCCUUCUGUGUAUCUAGUUUAAAGACACAUGCUGUAAAGUCUGUCUUACAUUCCCGUUUGUAAGUUAGUGUAAAGGUAUAUGUGGUAGAUUUUCUCGAAGUUACUUCUGAAUGUCUUGUAUAAAGGUACACGUUUUUGAGCCUGUCUUAUGUUUCCUUAUAUGUGUCUAGUGUAAAAACACACAUAUAGUUGAGCUUUCCUUACAUUACACUAUGUGGAUCUACUGUAAAGACACAUACUGUAUAUACUGUCUUACAUACAGUCUCCUCUUUGUUUCUGGUAUAAAGACACACGUUGUAGAGAUUGUCUUAUAUUCCCUUCUGUGUGGCUAGUGUUAAGACACACGCUGGAGAGCAUGGUUUACGUUCCCUUCUGUGUGUGCGGUGUAAAGACACAUAUUUGAGAGCCCAUUCUUCUUUCUGUAUGUCAUGUGUAAACACACCCGUUGUAAAGUCUUUCAGAUGUUCUCCUCUGUGUUUCUGGUAUGAAGACAGAUGUUGAAAAUCGUUCUAACUUUCCAUUCUGCGUGUCUGACAAAUGUAUGUGAAGACACAUGCUAGGGAGCCUGGUUUAUGUUCCCGUCUGUGUGUCUGGUAUUAAGUCGCACGUUUGAGAACCUGGUUUACGUUCUCUUCUGUGUAUCAGAUACAAAGACAAGCGUUGCAGAGGCAGUCAUUAUAUUUGUUUCUGGUGAAAAGACACACGUUGUAGAGAUUGUUGAACAUUUCCUCCUGUGUGUCUAGUGUGAAGACACACGCUAGAUAGUCUGUUUUAUGUUCCCCUCUGUGUGUCUGGUAUGAAGACGCACGUUUGAGAAUCUGGCUUGCGUUCCAUUCUGUGUGUCAGAUGUAAAGACACAAAUUGUAGAGGCUGUCUUAGAUUUGCGUCUGGUGAAAAGACACACGUUGUAGGGCCUGUCUUGCAUUAACUAUUUAUCUGUCAGUUGUAAAGACAUACGUUGUAGUAAGUGAUAUAUUAACUCUUCCAUCUGUCUGAUUUACCUUUCAUAGUAAACAUAACAUACUACCCUAAGUUGAAACCUAGUAAUUAGGUAGAGACCACGGCAAAGAGUUAUUUUAUAUAGACCAUCAUAUAGCAGACGUUCAAAUAUUGUAUUAAGUACCAUAUAGCACAGUUAAACACUUCAGUCAAUAAAUAACAAACUUUAUCAUUUAGGAUUCAUUAUUUAAACUUACACGUUUAUAAACAUUGCCAUAUUUGUUAUAAUUUUCAAAUAUGAUUAUUAUGGUAUACUUUUACAAUUCAUAUAUUUACUUAACACAGAUUAAGAGACACCUUUCUAUACAGAUUAUACUAUGUAUAGAAACGUGUCUGGUUUCUCGGUUAAACCUGUGCUUUUUUUUAUUUGUUAUCACGUUUUGAAUCCACUUUGUGAACCAGUUUGAAUAAAUUGAGUACAUUUACGAAAAUUUGCAUUAAUUAUCUAGACAUAAUAUAUGCAAUUUUACCUCAAUAAGGUUUAAUUGGAUUCAACAGCGUAUAUUAAAAGCAAAUGUACGUGGUUCUAUAUAUAUAUAUAUAUAUAGUGUGUGUGUGUGUGUGUGUGUGUGUGUGUGUAUGUAUUUCCAAUCACGACUGAUUUUAUUCAAAUACAUUGCUAUACUAUUUUAUUUUUUUAAAGAUCUAACAAUAGUUCAAAUUGGAUACAUAAUAUCAAUCGACUGUAUCAGAAUAGAUAAAAACACAAACUCCUUUGUGUGAUAUCCUGUAUAAGGUGAUCGGUGUUUUUUCAACAUACAAGGAGAUUUUCAUAAUGCUGCUACUCAAACUCAAAACUCUUUCGACAGGUGACUAAGUGAUUCUGCUUUGUUGACUUAUGAAUUAUGAAAGAAACAAGCUGGAGUCUCAAAAAGGUAGUAAAAAUGUAAGUGUAUCUCCACUUAUCGGUAAACAGCUUCAAGGAAUAGUGUUAUCUCUUUAAAGUAAAGAGCGUUCUCCUGAAAGUGAUAAAUAUUUUUGUGUUUAUUAUAAUGAUUUGUAUUUUGUUCUGUUGAAAGUAAGGAAUUCGGUUGCAUGAAAUAAAUUGGUUCACAAAAGAAA